AUGAAACUUCUUGGUCAACAAGCAAGGCGGAUCCAGCCUUCCAACAUUGAUCCUACCUCCAUCCGCCACGCCGGAACCCUAGUUUCUCCUCACCGUAACAACAGCGCUUUACUGCUUCGUAUCGCCACGGCUAUAGAUCAGAAGACACCAGUCGUUGAAGCCCUUGAGCAAUGGAAAGAACAAGAAUGGAUGAGUUCACAUCGUGUCUACACUCUCUUUCCGGAAGAUAUGGCGUCUAGGAUUUUACUUAUAGAUACUGUUCUAGGUCUAAAAGAAGCAGAGAGGUUCUUUGAAACCAUCCCUGAGACAAUGAAGGACUACACAGUCUACACAUCUUUGUUAACUUUGUACACAAGAAACGACGACACUCUUGACAAGGCAGAAGCUCUUUUCGAGAAGAUGAGAGAGCUAGGGUUCCUCUUGAAACCUACCCCGUUCAACCUAAUGCUAUCUCUCUACAGUCCAUUGAAACGCCACGAUAAUGUCAACAGUCUCCUGAGCGAGAUGGAAGACAACAACGUCAAGCCGGAUGAUCUCACAGCGAACCACGCCCUCUUGGUAUACGCAGCUGUGUCUAACAUCAAGGCAAUGGAGAAGUUUCUGAGCAGCAACCAGAGAAUCAAACUGGAGUGGGGAACGUGCAUCGACAUGGCAAAGGCUUACUUGAAGUCAGGCGCAACGGAAAAGUCCUUAGCUAUGCUGCUUAGAACAGAGCUGUUGGUUGAUUGCGCGUCAAGGAAGCCGGCUUACGAGGCGCUGAUGAGUGUUUAUGGAGACGUAGGGGAGAGGGAAGAUGUGUAUAGGAUUUGGGAGCUUCACAAGAACGCGGGUUCGAGUAACGAAGGGUACAGGGCUGUGAUAAGUGCACUCUCGAGUAUAGGAGACAUGGAAGGUGCUGAAGUGAUAUAUAGAGAGUGGGAGCUUGGUGGUCUACCGUUUGAUGCUAGCAUCCCUAACACUCUCAUCUCUGGAUAUCAUGCUUUGGGAAUGGAGAGAAGACUAAGAAACUAA